CUGCUUCAGGAGAUUGCAGCUUGUUCGUCUGUCGUGGCUUUCGCGAUUUCGGGAUGUCCUAUCGUGGGAGAUCACAGAGAAACGCUUAAUUUGCGACAGACUGUCUUGUAGAAUGGAAAACAAUAGCGGCCGCCGGCAUCAAAGGUGCAAGUUCUGGGUCGGCUAUUGCGUCACUUCACAGGAGACGGGACACCUGCUUAUCGCGCGGGGCGGGCUCUAUAAAAAUGAGUUCAGAUGCAACACCGAGACCACGGGACAGGACCGCUGGAGUGUGGAGACGCGACAUCUACCGCUCGCCGGACUUCAGUUCAGUCUGCCUUAUUUAUUUAUUUAUUUAUUUAUUCUUCGUUUUAUCUGAACUUUGGAUCAAAUGGCACUCUUCAUGGAUUCCGUGUUCUUCAGCAACUCGAAACUUGCAGAAGACAUGGAUUUCAAUUUGAUUUACAAAGACAAAAAAGAACAAUACACAGAACCCGUGUCAGAGCCUGUAAUCUGCUCUCCCGAGCUGGAGAGAACCCUUAUCAAUGUUUCCGAGGGACAGAGAAAGAGGAAGCGAACCAUCUUCAGCCGGACUCAGCUCUCUGAACUGGAGAAAGCCUUCACAGUGACCCCUUACCCAGACAUCAACCUCCGUGAACGCCUCGCCGCUAUCACCGGGCUCCCGGAGAGCAAGAUCCAGGUCUGGUUCCAGAACCGCCGUGCCCGAAGUAUCAAGAAUGGCAAGCUGAGCAGACCCAUGAGAAAGUCUCCCAACUCCGCCAUCCCUAACUACUGUCCCUACACCCCCUCCUUCACCCCGUCUCCCCCCAGGGAUUUUGGGAUCGGGUGCGCGGAGCACGGCCCAGCCCAACAAAACCACCAGCAACGCCCAGUCUGGGUGCGACUAGACCGCACCAAGGAACAGCUGCCUGCUGCCACUGGGUUAAACAACCCGACUCUGCCACAGCGCCCCCUGCAGCACCAGCCACACCUCUCUCCAGAACUCCACGAGCAACUGGUGUGGGAUGACCACAACAACCACCACCAUCGCUUCUCCACAGCCAGACAGCAGAAUCCGCAUCAGCAGCCACCCAGGAUACAGAGAGAGGACUUCAGCCAGUUCUGCUCUGCCCCCAGCAAACAGAGCCAGCCAGACAGCAACCCCAGCUACCAGCAUAGCAAACAGAGCCAGCCAGACAGCAACCCCAGGUACCAGGCGAUGGACUCGUGCCACAGCAGCCUCCUAGUGGACCAGCUCGUCCCAUCCCAGCAGGUGUACUGGGAGAUGUCGCAGCUGCAGGACCCCAGCGACCCCCAGACCUCCCUGAGCUAUAUAUCGGACCUCAUCUACAAUGCUGCUAUUGUCACCAACCUGGUAGAUUGCUGAAGGUUGAGAACGUUUCCUUAGCUGGGUGCUCUCUCUCCCUUCCAGCACUGUUUGAUGGUGAUGGUGAGCUUCCCUUAUGGUGAAGGGGAUUUAAAAGUGACUGAAUCCCUCUUGCUUGUAUUCUCAAUAACUCGGUGAAAGAAGUUGGUCAUCACCCUGUUUAUUCUGCACCACCAGCUUGUAUUGAAAUAUCAAGGGACAGUGUGCCUCAAAGAUAUUUAUGUAGAGACAAGGUGACAUGUCUUAUGCUUUAGGAAGAAAACCAUCUCAAGAAUGUUUAUCUUUCAAGAUUACAGAGACAAGACAAGACAAAAAUGUUACUGAUAAAUAACAGAUGUCUCUACAUUUUUAAUUAUUACAUUUUGCACUGUGAAGUAUUUAUAUUGACCCUCUGUGUAUUAACUGUCUGCACGCGGACAGUGAUGUGCAAACUAACUGAUUGUGGUUGAUCAUUGUCCCUUUAUGGUAUUGUUAACAUUUUAUUUAAGUGUUUUUUUGUAUAGCGCACAGUGCCAUUCAGUGGUCAACUAUUGUAACUGCUGGCGGGGCAAAUUUAACCAUCUGAUUUUGUGAAGCACAUAUCACUUUUUUUGCGUAAUAAUAACUG